ACGGAGGCUGCUUCUGUCAACAGUAACGUCAACGCCGUGCGCUUGUCACCUCGUGCCAUUGAUGUUUUUGCGUUUGUGGCAUUCUCAAUUUUGCAAGUCUAAAUUUUCUGUGAUCGUGAACGCAUCACGGCGACACCAGCGAAGCAAUAUAUUGCCUUCCAGGAGCCUCAGGUCUGAUAUAGGUGGCAAAACUAAAUUCGCAAAAAUGAAGGAAUCGCUCGUGCAGUAUUUGGAGACUCCAGACAAAUCGGAGAAUGAUAAGAAAGAGUACAGGAUGCUUAAGCUGCCGAAUGGGUUGACGGCUAUGCUAGUUUCGGACCCUUCGCCUGUCCCAGACGAUGGAAGCAGCAUUCCCAGCAUGUGCUCAACCGACAGCGAGGACGAAACCUCGAGUGACGAGGAAGAGUGUGAGUCAACCGAAACGGAAUCUGAGACUUCAAGCGAUGAUUAUGAAAGCGAAGAGGGCGACGAGAAGUUAGCAGCUUGCGCUCUGAUGGUCAGUGUAGGAUCAUUCAGCGAUCCACCAGAUGUGCAAGGGUUAGCCCACUUUCUGGAACAUAUGAUAUUUAUGGGAUCCACUAAGUACCCCUCGGAAAACGCAUUCGACUCGUAUAUAAAGAAGUGCGGUGGAUUCGACAACGCCGACACAGACUGCGAGGAGACUUCUUUCUACUUCGAAAUUGCUGAGAAAUAUCUGGACGGGGCGAUGGAUAGAUUUGCACAAUUGUUCACUGAGCCACUUAUGAAAAAAGAUGCGAUGGCACGAGAACGUGAGGCAAUCGAGUCUGAAUUCCAAUCGAAAAUGCAAGAUGACGACAUCAGACGGGACCAAUUGUUAGCAAAUUUAGGUCAGACAGGACAUCCAUGCAAUGAGUUUUCUUGGGGAAACUUGAAGACUCUUAAGGAAAACAUUUCGGACGACGAUCUUUAUGUGAAAGUCCACGAAUUUCGCAAAAGACAUUAUUCGGCACACCGGAUGUAUCUUUGUGUUCAGGCACGGCUCCCUCUUGAUACGCUAGAGGAGCUAGUGAUCAAGAAUUUCUCGGAUAUCCCAAAUAAUGGGCUCCCUGGUGACGAUUACUCGGCAUUCACCCAUAAAAAUGCCUUCAAGGAUGAAUUUUAUCAAAAAGUGUACUUUGUGAAACCUGUGACGAAUAUUUGCAAACUGGAAAUUACGUGGUGUCUUCCACCAUUGGUUGAGAAAUAUCGGUCUAAGCCACACGAAUAUAUUGCAUAUUUAUUUGGAUACGAAGGACAAGGCAGCUUAUGUGCAUAUCUUCGGAAUAAAUUGUGGGCGUUGGAACUGAUUGCUGGAAUAGACGACACUGGCUUCGAAUUCAACUCCAUUUAUUCGCUCUUUAGUGUAUAUAUUUAUCUAACCGAGGAAGGAUUCCAGCAUUUAGAAGAUGUGCUUUCAGCGACAUUUUCUUACGUCAAGCUCCUGCAAAAAAGUGGAGCGUCCCAGACGCUAUUUGCCGAGCUCCAAGCUAUCGAAGAGACUACCUUUCGUUAUCAAACCGACCAAAGUGCUUUCGACAAUGUUCAGGAUUUAGUUCUGAACAUGAAAUACUACGAUCCCAAACAUGUACUGUCUGGAUCUGAACUAUAUUUUGAAUACGAUAAAAAUGCUAUACAAAAUGUUCUCGAUCAUAUUUCUACAAAUAAUUUUAAUGUAAUGAUCACGUCUACGAUGAAAUAUAAUGGAAUCGAAUAUGAUCAGAAGGAGACAUGGUUUGGUACCGAAUUUACCUCAAUUCAAAUGCCCGUCGCAUGGAAAGACUUAUGGGAUAAUGCCACAAUCAUUCCGGAAUUAACAUUGCCGAACCCGAACGUUUUUAUAGCUAAGGAUUUCACUAUAUCAUGGAAUGAAAGCCUGGGUCCGUUGCCGCCUUAUCCGAGCAAAGUAGUGGAUACUGAUGUUUGCGAAAUGUGGUUUAGGCAGGACGAUAAGUUCUUGUUGCCCAUCAGCUAUAUGUAUUUCUACUUUAUAUCUCCGCUGCCAAUGGAGAGUCCUAAGAAUGCAGUUCUACUAGCGUUGUAUUCAAUGCUCUUGAAAUAUCAACUGGUGGAAGAACUGUAUCCGGCAACAAUAGCGGGCCUGAGCUAUCAAUGCUAUUCGUCGGAGAAGGGUCUAGUUUUGAAGGCGUCAGGAUAUAGUGAAAAAUUGCAUCUCAUAGUUGAAAUUAUAACCAAACGAAUGGCGUCCUUCUUAGAGAACACCACGAAUAAGCAAUUGGAGGUGUUUAUCAAGCAGCAGGAGCGGAACUUCUACAAUUACUUCGUAAAACCCAAGUCCCUAAAUAAAGACAUUCGACUGGGCAUUAUUGAGAAUAAAAGAUGGAGCUCUUUCGAAAAGUACAAUUUGCUUCACGAAGUUACACUGGACGAGGUUCGAGACUUUGCGAAAAAUCUAGUUAACGAAUUGAAAAUCCAAGCAAUCAUUCAAGGCAACUUAACCGAGAAACAUGCUCACGAUGUCAUAAAUUCGGUGCUCCAGAAUAUCAAUUGUAGUAAAAUUAAAGAUUUGAAGUCGAUUGAAAGUCGCACUUCAUGCCUACCAAUCGGUGCUCAUUUUGUUAAAUGUAAAUCGUUCAGUCAGACCGACUCAAAUACGGUCAUUACGAAUUUCUAUCAAAUCGGACCAUGCACGGUACGCAUAGAAUGUAUUCUCGAUCUCCUAAUGAUGUUCGUCGAAGAACCACUUUUUGAUAUUCUCCGAACGAAAGAGCAGCUUGGCUACGAUGUGUCUGCAAGCGUGCGGAAUAACAAUGGCAUUUUAGGCUACUCGAUAACAGUCAAUUCUCAGGAAAAUAAACACUCCGCAGACCAUGUAGAGGAAAGAAUCGAAGCAUUUAGAACUGAAAUGAUGAAUAUCCUACAAAAUACGUCCGACGAGGACUUCCAACAGGUGCUAUCGUCCUUGAUUAAAAUAAAAUUGGUGGCAGAUAACGAAUUGAAAGACGAGGUCUCGCGCAAUUGGGGAGAGAUUACUUGUGAAGAGUACAUUUUCGAUAGACACAAGAGAGAGGUUGAGUGUCUGAAAACAUUCACUAAAGACACAAUUCUUGAGUUUUGUACCAAGAAUGAAGCGGAAAACUUUAGAAAACUUUCAGUACAGGUAAUUGGACGAAAAUCUACCGAGCCGGAAGAAUGUCCUGCACCAACGGAGCAUCGUCGGCGGUUCGCCCUCGAAUAUGAAGACGAUCCCAAGGCUAUCAGUAGUGUAGAAUCAUUUAAGCAUACUUUAACUUUAUAUCCUGUAACAAAAACUACUUUGGACGAAAAUAAAUAGAUAAAAUUUAUGUUAUAUUCA